AUGAAAAAUAAAAAUUCAUUAUUGAGACAACACAUGAAUAGUCAACAAUGCAACGAAAUUCUUAAUAACCAAAUUCAAACAAUUGAACAAUUAGUUAAUAAUAAUUUUGAAGAAAAACAACGUGAGCUUGAAAUAAAAAAACAAAAAGAAGAUGAAUAUUUACAUAGUGAAGAAUAUCAUAAGAAACAACAAGAAAUCAAUGAAAAAAAAGAAAAGAUACAAAUAUAUGAUGAGUUAAUAAAUAAAAAGAACGAGAUUGAAAAAGAAAAAGAAAUUUUAGAUGAAAAGAAAGUCAUACUAAAGUCAAUGAAAUUACUAGAAAAAAUGUUGCAAAUAAGUCAUAAUGUUGAAUCACAAUUAUCACUUGUUAGUUCAAAUUCACCCACUUCAAAAAUAAUGAAUGAUUUAUUAAUGUCAUUAAAAGAAUAUCAAGAAAUGAUAACCAAUGAAACAAUUGAAAUUCCUAAACAAAUGAACUCUUUGUAUUCACAGUUUAUUCUUUCUUUUCAAUAUUAUAUUAAUCAGUCAAACUCUAUUAUAUCAAAUAGAUUAAAAAAUUACUUAAAACCAAAAAAAUUCCCAUUUGUCAAAAUAGAAAAACAAGAGGAAUGGGAAAAUAUUAAAAGGGAUUAUCAAUUUUUAAAAAAUAUUCAUAUAUUACAACCAGAAUUAAAUGAUGUUUCAAUUAAUGCAUUAAUGGAAAAUGCAGUCUUAAAAGUUCAACAUUUGUUUCAAAGAGAAGAUAGUAAAUUAUAUCAACCAACAUCUUUAGAUUUAGUUCUUCCUUAUAUUAUUGAAGUUAUUGAAAAUGCUGAACAACAAUUAACUGAUAAUAAUAUUGAAUUUAAUUCAUUAAUGACACCAUUUAUUCCAAUUCUUAGAUUUAGAAUAUUAAAAGACAUCAAACAAUUACCUGGCCUUUAUGUUUUAAUGUUACUUGGUUAUUUGUUUAAAUAUAUUGAAAAAUAUCCCUCAUUAUUAUCAUUACUUAAAGAAAAGGAUAUUUGUGAUAAUAUUAAUAUUUCACUAAAAGAAAGUGCAGAUUUAAAAGUGGAAUAUAUCUCAAAAAUGGGUAAUGAUUUAUGGCCAAUUCCUCUACAUAGAGGAAGUGGUGAAUUUAUGAUGAUGUUGAAUGAGGCAGUAAGCUUUUGUUUAAAAGCAGGAACAUUCGCAAAUGAACUAAUUGUUAGUUAUGUAUUUGAAAUGGUUAUAAAAUUUGAAGAAUAUAUGAAAAAAAUAGAAAUGACAGGAUUAAAAGAAGUUUGUGGUCUUGCAAACUCAUGGAAAUUAUUUGCUGAAGCGUUAAAGAAAAAUACUGAACGUAUGAAAGAAAAGAAUGUCAAUUGUUCUAUUUUAUUGUCCAGAAUAGAUGAAUAUGAAAAAGAAGCAAAAAGUGCAGUUUUAGUAAUUGUUGAAGAUAUUGAUCGAUUAUUAGAAGAAGAGCAUUAUUCAACAUUUAAUGAAGCAGUUGAAAGCUCAAUUUAUUUACGAAAAAGAAAAGAUGAAAUUCAGUUAUACUUACAUCCAUCAUUAUACAAUUACUUCACAGAAAAAAUAAAUGAAUAA